UGAUAACACACACCACUUGCAGAACACACUGUCCUCUCUGUAGGCGGGGUCAGAGUUCAACAGACGGAGCAGACGAAUAACGGAUUAGCAUCUUGGGUGUCUCGCCUUCUUUGGUUCUACAACCGUUUUCAUUAUUGCUAAAUGCAUGGAAGCUAGCUACGUUAGCUCUACCUUGUAAAGUGGUGACAGAGGUGACUAGCGUGCCAAGGAUCUGGGAAAUAUUACCCUGUUUUGUUGGCCCUCCUUACCGCAAGCAUUUGUAAACUGGUAGCGAUACACUGCUCUCAACUCAGAGGGACAAUUUCAUCACCGGAACCAUGGAGGAACGCUUUAGCUAAGGUGGCUAACGUUAGUCCCGCUUUCAGUUUCAGUGUUUCUUCAGCUGCUGGUAUGUCACUAAACUAUGUAUAAAGAAAUAAUCGCCAAUAUCAGAGAACCAGAGCACUUUCAGCAGUAGCAGCACGUUUAGCAGGUUCCGUCAUGAAAAACUAAGCAGCUGUCAACCAUCCUGACGAUUCAUCUGCCUGCCCAAACCUUGGUGGCCAAGGUCAAGUGGCUACAUCCACGGACAAUGUGAAAAUACACCAUGUUAAAUGGGAUGCAAGGUCUACUGUAGAGGAUAUCUUAUUUGUUUUCAGGAAAACUAUUUGAAACGUGUGUAGCCUAAACGGGUGCAUCAAUGAACGAGGAACCACGUGAGAGCCCUUUACCUGGCAGAGAGCCUGUGGAAAAAGAUGUGGUACAAAGCACAGAGAAGAGCAGCUGUGAAGCAGAAAACUCCGCUGAGGUAGAACCAACACAGGAGCCUCUGGCGUCCUCAUGCAGUCUCGAAACAAAGGGAAACUCCAGCUCCGAUCCUGUAAAGGAAACUCCAGGAGAUGAAGCGGAGGAGGCUAAGGCCACUGGUGGGGAGCCUCCUGUUGACUGGUUCGAGCCACUGGAGGAUGAUGAUGAUGGCUUUGGUAGGAAUGAUCCAGAGGAAGAAAGCCUGGCAGGAGAAAGUGAAAGGAGUGAGAGUGUGGCAGACAGCGAGAAGACCUUCAGAAGGAUUUAUCAGCUUCAGCUUCCCCGCCGUAAGCGAUCACAUCCAGAUGAAGGAUGGGAUGACUGGCCAGUACUUGGAGAGGGUUGGAAACGCAAAGAAGUUGUCCGGCGCUCAGGUUCUAGCAUAGGACAGAAGGAUGUCUAUUACCUGAGUCCACGUGGUGAUCGAGUGAGAAGUCGAGUAGAACUGAUUUCAGUGCUGGAGGGAAUGUUUGACUUGUCAACCUUUGAAUACAAGUCAGGAAAGUUCCUAGAUGGUCAAGCACCACCCAUAAGAAUUCGAAACCGAGCAAAGAAAAAAAUCCGGGAGCGUUCUUCCUCAGAGUCCAGCUGGAUGGAGAGAGGAGAAGGGGCCGACACUCCAGACUCCUACCACAGGCUCACCCCCAGCGUGGGGCCCAAAAACCUCUACUCCAACCAGUCAAGUUUCUCCUUGUACAGUACAAUAGGAACUCCAAACGAAGGCUCUCGCAAUGAGAAUCCACCAGCGGAAGAUAAAAUUAAACUUCCCCUUCCCUCAUCAUCCAGAGCACUUCCACUUCCCUCCGUAAAUGGAGAAAUUGGGUCCGAGGACAGCACACUGGUCUGUGCCAGAUGUGGUAUUUCCUUCACAGGCACGUGGUAUGACAAACAAAGGAAGAGGCCCUGCUGUCCCAGCUGUUGGGCAGCCUCAAAGACAAAAGAGCAUCCGAUGGUUCGUUUCAGAAAGUGGAUUCCUUGUGGACAGUGUGUGGGAUGCCACAACACAGUGAACUGUGGGCAGUGUGCCAACUGCAAGCAUGGACAGCAGAGCAAAGAGUCCCGGAAACGCCUAUGCCGGAAACGCAAAUGUAUAUGUCCUAUUCGCAAGGACCCUGGAAGUGGAGCCUUCCUGCUGCAGAGGCCUUAUAAUGACAUUCCGGAAACGUUUGAUGACAGCAUGAGUUUCCAGAGUGAAGUUACAGACUCACAGCACCCGAGUCUCAAAAGCAGCGACACGGAGAACUUCUCCGUCAACGUGGACGUUGACGAUGAGGAUGACAUGUCAACUGACGAUGAUGAUGAUCAGUGGCAAACCGAGUUUUCCAGGGCCAGGUGUUUAGUUCUUGACAGGUGGCAUAAGAAGCGGAAGCGACGGUCCUGUGGAGAAUGCAAAGCCUGUCUCUGCAGGAAAGACUGUGGCACAUGUGAUUUCUGUAUAGACAAACCAAAGUUUGGAGGCAGCAACAAGAAGAGGCAAAAGUGUCGACUACGUCAGUGUCAGAGACAGGCAAUGAGACACUUGCUGCCUUUCCAGAUGGGACAAGCGGAGUAUGGGCCAGAUGGCUCAAUGCUGCCGGGCAGGCCUAGACCUCACUACACAUACAGUCGGAAGUCCGGUUUAAAGAAAACCAAAGGACCGCUAUCUGGCUUGGACUUAACUGACAAUGAAGAUGAGGACAGUAACUUCCAAGCAAUGAACUGGAGCUCUGAACCUGCUAGUGGUAGCAAACACACGUAUGAACUGAAUGUGAGAAACCAAUCAUCUAUGCAGUUGAAUUAUUUGGAUUUCAGACAGCAGAAUGGACUGACUGACAGAGUUCCUCACUUCAGCAACCACAACAACUCUGAACUAGACCAGCUAAGCAGAUGGGAUGCAGACAAAUCACACGCAGGUAGAGAUGUUGCAAAGCAUGGUGAAGUAGAAGAUGAAGAAGAGGAAGAAGAAGAAGAGGAGUUCCCCAUGAUCACACAGAUCUUCAGUUUGGCUGAUAACCCAUCUGGGAGUGGUGCGGACAUGGAAAACCAGCUAAUGAAACUGCUACACUCUUUGCGCUCCACUGUAAUGCCAAUCCUAUGGUAUGCCAUCAUGGUGGAGGGCCCACAGAUACAGCUCAUCCAGUGUUGUAAACAGUCCAACCUGACCGACGCCAUGGUGCUGAUCGACCCAGGCUUCUGCUAUCAAGUCACCGUCCAAAAGCAGCCGCUGCUCCCCACCCACCCUCUCUACGACAACUACCCAGCCCACUUAACCUCUGUGACUGAUGUGAUCAAUCUGCUUUUGGGCCUGGAGAAGUACGUUGUGUGCCAGGGACUGCCCCCCAAAGAGCCUUUAUCUAAUACAGACCCAAUAAUACUGGAGCGGGCAUCAACAUGUGAUUUCUUGGUUAAGAGGAAUGUGAGCAGAUGUACUAACUGCAGAGCGCUGCAAGGACUUUAACUUCAGCAGAGACAGAAGGAGAUCUGUGACCACAGUGGAGACCACUGGUUCUCUGGACAACUUUGUGCUGUUUUCUUAAUACUAUUUCAGUUGUUCUUUUGGUGAUAAUAUAUAUAUGAAAUCUUUACAGAUUUACCUCCAGUGUGGACUGUAAUAGGAGGAUUUGAUUAUUUGAAGAAUCACCAAAGGCAUUCCAGGAGCUGUAAUAUUAUAAGCAAGGUGUGUUUCUUCCCAGAUGUCUUCUGUUGAUCUUGGUGUAGGGCUUCUCUUCAUGACUGUUACUGUAUGUCAGAUGUUGGGCAGUGAUGGGUAGAGCUGAAAUCCAUUAGCCCACUGUGUGGUUAGUGUUCUGUUGGUUGAUUGACACUCUUACUUGAGGAAUUGAUAAACCAAACCCCCCAUCAUAUACUUUCUCCAAAUUGUCUCUUUUUCUCAACCCAUGACCCAAAGGAAGCUAAAAUUCUGAGCAAUUAAUCCUCUUAUCUUUUCACCAGCAACAUUGGACACUGGGUCAGCAGUGUUGUCAUCUAAUCUAAUGGAGGUAACCCGCUUUUGGACACAGUCAUUUCCCACCUCUUUCAUGUUGUAGUGAUCACAAUAUAAUUUACUCUAUCAGUUGAAGUUUGCUUCACUUCAUUUUUUUUGUUUUGUUAUAUUCACCCCAAAACAAGUGUUAUUGAACGUGUUGCUCAAUUGAGCAACACGUUCAAUAACACUUUUUUUCCCGUGCUAUACUGGCAGUGUUUAUAAAAAUGUAUUCAUCGCCAUGUGCACUUAUGCUUUUCUAUUUGAACCUCAGUUGGGUGUAAAUAAAUAAAUAAAUAAAUAAAUAAGAAGCAAAAGGUGGAA